UCAUUCUCUUCUUUACAGCACUUAGGUAGUUAUAUCAGCCUCACCUAGACUUAAACCAUUAGCGUCAGUUUAAGCAGCACGAUAAACGCCAUUCGUACUUAGCCUUUAGGUACCUUUGGCCACUUAUUUACAUGAAACAAUCUCUUUAUAAACUCGAGAUAAUCAAGUUUCUGAACCCUUUGCUCUCCCCCCUUUUUUCGCGCGCGGCCGUUCGGCAUUCUCUCAAAGCCAUACUCGUGUGCAUGACGUACGUAGGUAAUAAUGGAGCACCAUCAGAAUAUUUCAGCUGAUGCAGGGCUCGGUGAGGAAUCUGGGAGAGCAAUUGCAGGAAUAGAAGGUCAACGAAUCCAAGACCAAAAAACUAAUGUUCAACCCGCCGACACGUCGGAAGGAGAUCAACAUGUCGCCACGGCCCUUCACGGCAAGGGGGGCGGGAAGCCUAUCUCCUUUUAUGCGUCCUUGCUCUGCCUUGGGCUCCUUGCACUGAUUGUUGCAUGGGAUACUGUCGCUUUAUCUGUGGCAAUUCCGGUCAUAGCCGAGCAACUGCGGGCUACGACAUUGGAGUCUCUCUUUGCAAGCAUCGCCUUCACGCUCGCCGUUGCUAUUUCUCAACCACUCUACCUCAGUAUUUCGGACGUUGUGGGUCGGAAGGUCCCACUCUACAUUGCCAUGGUACUUUUCACUGUGGGCUCUAUUCUCUUCGCCGUUGCCCGGAGUAUCACAGUAGUUAUUGUUGGGCGUCUUGUACAGGGUCUUGGUGGCGGGGGCCUUGAUAUUCUUCAAGAGAUCAUCAUCGUCGAUAUGACGACCUUGAAAGAACGACCUAUGUAUCUUGCGCUAAUGGCGUUACCUAUUGCGGUCGGUUCUGUCAUGGGUCCAAUUAUAGGUGCGCUGUUUUGCCAAUUUGUGACAUGGCGCUGGCUUGGUUGGAUCAAUCUACCCUUCGUUGGCCUAGCUAUACCCCUGGCGCUCGUGUUUAUGCACCUUCGGCCCAUCAGCCUGGACCUAAAAACGAAACUUCGCCGGCUCGACUGGGGCGGCAUGUUCCUGUUUACCGUGGGCGCAACGUGCGUUUCAUUGCCAGUUAGCUGGGCAGACACGCUGUACCCGUGGUCCUCUUGGAGAACUAUCCUACCUCUGAUUCUUGGGAUAGUUGCGUUCAUCGCUUUCGGUUUCUAUGAGGCCCGCCCAAUCCAACCUAUGCUACCCUAUCGCCUGUUUAAAAACAGAACCGCCAUUGUGUCAAUAAUAGGAGGAUCCAUACACGGGCUUCUUUUAUUUUCUCUUCUGUUGUACUUACCCCUUUUCUUCCAGGCCGUUUAUUUGCAGACGCCUCUAGAAUCAGCUAUUUUCAUGCUUCCAGCAUGCGUAACCACUGUUGCUUUCAGUUUCUUUGCGCCCGUAUGUGUGGAGUUCACUAGGCGAUAUACGCUUCUGCUGCACAUUGGAUGGGUUAUCCUUACUCUUUUCACCGGCCUUUGGUGUAUUGUGGACCAGACGUCGUCUAAGGCAGAGAAAGAUACGUUCCUCGUCUUUAUCGGCGUCGGACUUGGCAUCGUUUUCCAAACGGUACCCUUCCCUCUGCAGGCAAGCGUGGAAGAAGCCGAUGAUAGCGGCCGGUUGGUUGGUCUAUUGGUUAUAACGCGUUUCUUAGGAGGCGUGCUGGGGUUAGCUAUUGGUUCCGUCGUAUUUAGUAGUGGCUUCGCUGAUCAGAUUGCAACUUUCGGACCCUUGCCGGCCGAGAUCAGCCAACUAUCCGACCCGCGCCAAGCCAUUGGUUUCAUUCCAAUGCUUAGGACUUUAAGUCUGGAUACGGAGACCAUUGGUCGAUUAACAGAAGCCUAUCGGAUUCCAUUCCGUACCGUAUGGAUUGUCCUCGCCUCGAUAUCAGGUAUGGGCUUGGUAACAUCUUUACUCACAAAGCAACUUGAUUUAGAGAAGGAAGAUCUAGGCAGGCAGAGAUUCGACGAUUCUUAGGAAGAGAAGGGUAUCCCGUAAACUGAAGAUACCUAAGUAAUUUAUUUGAUGCGAUUCUGGAGUUUCUGUGGUGCUAGGUGGGUACAGAUAUUACAGUUACAGUUCAGGUUUUAAUUAUGGUGAUAAUAAUGGCUGUUUCAUAAUUA